AUGGGGUCCCUGGGCACAGCACUGCUCCUCCUGCUGCAGCUCUGGGCCCUGCAAGGAGCCGCAAGCCUGCACGUGCACCAGGAGCCCAAGUUGCUGCGGGUUCAGCAGGGCACUCAGGUGACCCUGGCCUGCCAAGUGGCACAGGCUCAGGCCUGGGAACAACUCCGGGUUGGGUGGACAAAGGACGGUGACAUCUUGUGUGAGCCAUACAUCACCAAUGACAGCCUAAGCCUGGAGGUCUGCGGGCCCCGGGGCCAGCUCUCCUGGCACGCACCUGGCGUUCUUACCCUGUGGCUGGACCAUGUGACCCUCAGUGACAGUGGGGACUACGUGUGCUGGGCAGUCAUGGAGAUUCCUGAGUUGGACCGGGCCAAUGGCAACGGGACGCGGCUUCUAGUGGAUGCAGGACUGCUCUAUGUGCUGCCGAUGGUUGGGGCCAUGGCCGCGAUCACGCUGGGCGCUGGGAUCUGGGGCUGCCACCGCCGCCGCCAGCGACGGGGAAGGGACGCAGGUGACCGCCCAGGAAAUCCACUGUACAGCAACGUCCUGUUCCGGCCCCGCGGCGCCCCAAAGAAGAAUGAGGCUGGGCCUGGAGAGAGGAAGGUGCCGGCCACCCCCGGGAAGGACCAGAAAGGCCAGAGCGUCUAUUCAACCUCUUUUCCCCAGCCUGUCCCCCACUACCCGAGUCCAGCCCCCAAACCUUGCCCCAGCCCGGAGUCCAGUCACUACGUCCCCAUGGCCAGGGUCUCUCCCGGCCCAGGCCCCGCUGGGCAGCCAAGGCCAAGAGGGUUCCCUGAAGUGGGGCAGGAGUCAGAGACCCCGGGGAACACAAAGAAGACCCCACCGCCGGUGACUACGUGA